AUGGCUCGCUUUGGGGAUGAUCUGCCAACCCGCUAUGGAGGUGGAGGGCCGGCCGGGGCUGGAAGAGGGAGCAGCCGGCAAGGUGGCCCCCAAGCCGGCCAAAGGAUGUAUAAACAGUCGAUGGCUCAGAGAGCCAGGACUAUGGCUCUCUACAACCCCAUCCCUGUCAAACAGAACUGCUUCACAGUCAACAGAUCCCUCUUCAUCUUCAGUGAAGAUAAUGUUAUACGGAAAUACGCCAAGCGAAUAACAGAGUGGCCAUAUCCUUUCAGGGAGGCUGACGACACCGAGCCGUACUUUAUUGGAAUAUUUUGUUUUGAAGCUGGUAUCAAAAUCAUCGCUCUGGGCUUUGUUUUUCACAAAGGCUCUUACCUGCGCAACGGCUGGAACGUGAUGGAUUUCGUCGUGGUCCUCACAGGGAUUCUGGCGACUGCUGGGACAGAUUUUGACCUGCGGACCCUGCGAGCCGUGCGGGUGCUGCGGCCGCUGAAACUCGUGUCGGGAAUCCCAAGCCUGCAGGUUGUCCUCAAGUCCAUCAUGAAGGCCAUGGUGCCCCUGCUGCAGAUUGGGCUGCUCCUCUUCUUCGCCAUCGUGAUGUUUGCCAUCAUUGGGCUGGAGUUUUACAUGGGCAAAUUCCAUAAAACCUGUUUUUCCAACGAGACAGGUGAGGAGGUGGGGGACUUUCCCUGUGGAGAGGAGCCUCCUGCCAGGCAGUGUGAGAGCGGGACCACGUGCAGGGAGUACUGGCAGGGCCCCAACUACGGCAUCACCAACUUUGACAACAUCCUCUUCGCUGUGCUCACCGUCUUCCAGUGCAUCACCAUGGAGGGCUGGACCGACAUCCUCUACAACACAAAUGACGCUGCAGGAAAUACCUGGAACUGGCUUUACUUCAUCCCUCUCAUCAUCAUUGGCUCUUUCUUCAUGCUCAACUUGGUGCUGGGCGUCUUAUCAGGUGAAUUUGCCAAGGAGCGCGAGCGGGUGGAGAACCGCCGGGCGUUCCUGAAGCUCCGCAGGCAGCAGCAAAUCGAGCGGGAGCUCAACGGGUACCUGGAGUGGAUCUUCAAAGCAGAGGAGGUGAUGCUGGCCGAGGAGGACAAGAACGCGGAGGAGAAGUCCCCUCUGGACGGGAGGGCCGCCUCGGAAGGGCCGAUUCCUCAAGGCACGGCGCCGGCAGAGACUGGCAGCGGCAGCAGCUACAACAUGUUGAAAAGAGCCGCAAUAAAGAAGAGCAAAAACGACCUGAUUCAUGCAGAAGAAGGUGAGGACCAUUUCACAGACAUUUGCUCCGUUGGGUCUCCCUUUGCCCGCGCCAGUUUGAAGAGUGGCAAGAACGAGAGCUCGUCCUACUUCAGGAGGAAAGAGAAGAUGUUCCGCUUCUUCAUCCGGCGCAUGGUGAAGGCUCAGAGCUUCUACUGGGUGGUGCUCUGCGUGGUGGCCCUCAACACCCUCUGUGUGGCCAUGGUGCACUAUGACCAGCCUGAGAAGCUGACCACUGCUCUCUAUUUCGCAGAGUUUGUUUUCCUGGGGCUGUUCCUCACUGAGAUGUCCUUGAAGAUGUAUGGGCUGGGGCCAAGGAAUUAUUUCCACUCUUCGUUCAACUGCUUUGACUUUGGGGUGAUCGUGGGCAGCAUUUUUGAGGUCAUUUGGGCCGCAGUGAAGCCGGGAACCUCCUUUGGCAUCAGCGUCCUGCGAGCCCUGAGGCUGCUGAGGAUCUUCAAAGUGACAAAGUACUGGAAUUCCCUGAGGAAUCUGGUGGUCUCCUUGCUGAAUUCCAUGAAGUCCAUCAUCAGUUUGCUUUUCCUGCUCUUCCUGUUCAUCGUGGUCUUUGCUCUGCUGGGGAUGCAGCUCUUCGGAGGACAGUUCAAUUUCCAAGAUGAAACUCCAACCACCAAUUUCGACACCUUCCCUGCUGCCAUCCUCACAGUCUUCCAGAUCCUGACGGGGGAGGACUGGAAUGCUGUGAUGUACCACGGGAUAGAGUCGCAGGGCGGCGUCCACUCGGGAAUGUUCUCCUCCAUCUACUUCAUCGUCCUCACGCUGUUUGGUAACUACACCCUCCUGAACGUCUUCCUCGCCAUCGCCGUGGACAACCUGGCCAACGCCCAGGAGCUGACCAAGGACGAGGAGGAGAUGGAGGAAGCCACCAACCAGAAGCUGGCCCUGCAGAAGGCCAAGGAGGUGGCCGAAGUCAGCCCCAUGUCCGCGGCCAACAUCUCCAUAGCUGCCAAGCAGCAGAAUUCCUCCAAAUCCAAGUCGGUUUGGGAGCAGAGGACGAGCCAGAUCAGGAUGCACAACUUCCGAGCCAGCUGCGAGGCCCUGUACAACGAGCUGGACCCCGAGGAGCGGGUGCGCUAUGCCACCACCCUGCACAUCCGACCCGACAUGAAAACACACCUGGACCGGCCGCUGGUGGUGGAGCCCCGCGGCGAAGGCAGGAACAACAUCACCAAGCUGAGCCCUGGGGAUGUCCAGGAGGUGGUGGAGCACCCCAAAGCCACCUCUGCUGAUGGGGCAGAAGCGCCACGGAAGCACCACCGGCAUCGGGAGAAGGAGAAGCUGGGAGAGCAGGAGAAGGGAGAUGUGACCAAGGAUGAGAGCGGUGAAACCGGGCCGGCCAACAAGGAGGAGCGGCACAGGCAGCACCGCAGCCGCAGCAAGGAGGUGGAAGGGGGCAGCAAGGAAGGGAAAAGCGACCGUAGCAGGGGGCAGGAAGGGGGGAAGAGGCACCACCGGCGGGGCUCGGUGGAGGAAGGGGCGGAGAAGGAGCAUCGCAGGCACCGCAGCCACCGGCACUCCUCAGACCGGCCGGGCAAGGAGGGCAACGGCACCGCCAACGGCGCCCGCGGCGAGCGGCGCUCCCGGCACCGCGGAGGAUCCCGCACGGGGAACAGGGAUGGAGAACCCUCGGCCAAGGGGGAGAACGGAGAGGAGCCCCACCGGCGGCACCGGCUCAGGAACAGGGCGCUGUCCACCUACGAGUCCGUGGAGAAGGAGAGCGGGGAGAAGGAAGGGGAGGCUGGAGAGAAGGAGCACCGGAAUCACCAGCCCAAGGAGAACCAGUGUGAGCUGGAGGCCAGUGGCAGUGGCAGCGGCCCUGGCAGUGUCCCUGUGCACACCCUGCCCAGCACUUACCUGCAGAAGGUGCCUGAGCAGCCCGAGGAUGCCGACAACCAGAAGAACGUGACGAGGAUGAUUCAGCCCCCCCUGGACAAAACCACCACUGUGAACAUCCCUGUCACCAUCACUGCCCCUCCAGGGGAAACCACUGUCAUUCCAAUGAACAACGUGGACUUUGAAAGCAAAACAGAGGAGAAGAAAGACGUCGAUGACCUGACGAAAAAUGGGCCUAAACCAAUCCUGCCUUACAGCUCCAUGUUCAUCCUCAGUCCCACAAAUCCGAUCCGGCGCCUGUUCCACUACAUCGUCAACCUGCGCUACUUUGAGAUGGUGAUCCUGAUCGUCAUCGCCCUCAGCAGCAUCGCCCUGGCUGCAGAGGAUCCUGUCCAGGCUGAGUCUCCCAGGAAUGAUGCUCUGAAAUACCUGGAUUAUAUAUUUACAGGAGUCUUCACCUUUGAGAUGGUGAUCAAGAUGAUUGACCUGGGGCUGCUGCUCCACCCUGGCUCCUAUUUCCGUGACCUGUGGAAUAUCCUGGACUUCAUUGUGGUCAGUGGGGCCUUGGUGGCUUUUGCCUUCUCAGGAACCAAGGGCAAGGACAUCAACACCAUCAAAUCCCUGCGAGUCCUGCGUGUGCUCAGGCCCCUGAAGACCAUAAAACGGCUGCCAAAACUAAAGGCUGUCUUUGACUGCGUGGUGAACUCCCUGAAGAACGUCCUCAACAUCCUCAUCGUUUACAUGCUCUUCAUGUUCAUCUUCGCCGUCAUCGCCGUGCAGCUCUUCAAGGGCCGCUUCUUCUACUGCACAGAUGAGUCCAAGGAGCUGGAGAAGGACUGCAGACCUUGA